AUGUCCUACGUGGCCUGGGGAAAUGAGUUGGUGGAUACCUUCUGGGCUUUCGAACUUGCCCUUCCCGUUUCCCUCUCCCCCAUGUGUCUGAUCCCUGUCUUACCAUUUCGAGUUCAAGCGGUGCAGCACCUCCGAAGCAUCAAUGCACACACCUGCUCCCUAGGAAGUGGGGGGCCCAUCAAUCCAGCCACAGCUGCUGCCUACCCACCUGCCCCCUUUAUGCACAUUCUGACCCCCCAUCAGCAGCCGCACUCCCAGAUACUUCACCAUCACCUGCAGCAGGAUGGCCAGGAUGUCCUCAGUCUCGUCGACGACCAGCUUGCUCAGAAUCACUACAAAUCAGAUCGACAUGUGCUCCAAGACCCCUUUUUUGGAGGGAUGACUCGAGAUGAAGAGGAGGACGAGGACGAGGACGAAGGAAGAGCCACCUGGGGCCGUGGGAGCUCUGGGUUCCAGGGCCCCCAGGAACCUGAGGAAUUUGAGUUCGGCUUUAGCUUCAGCCCAGGAGGAAUGCGCUUCCACGACAACUUCGGCUUUGAUGAGCUGAUCCGCGACUUCAAUAGCCUCUUCAACGACAUGGGCGCCUGGACCUUGCCUUCCCGUCCUCCCAAACUCCCUGGCCUUGCAUCAGACACACCUGAUGAGGGACGCCAGGAGGGCCAGAGCCUUCGGGACUCUAUGCUGAAGUAUCCAGAUAGUCAGCAGCCCAGGGUCUUUGGAAAGGUCUCGGAGAGUGAUGCCAAGACAGAAUCCCACAGUGCAACCCCAGACUGGGACUCCCAGAGAACUUUUCCCAGGUUUGAUGAUGUGUGGCCAAUGCCUUCCCCUUCGAGAGCCAGAGAAGACAAUGACCUUGAUUCCCAGGUUUCCCAGGAAGGCCUUGGCCCGGUUUUACGGCCCCAGCCAAAGUCCUACUUCAAGAGUGUCUCUGUGACCAAGAUCACUAAGCCCGAUGGGACAGUGGAGGAGCGCCGGACUGUGGUGGACAGUACCGGCAAGUCAGAGACCACAGUGACCCUUCAGGAAAAGGAUGGCACUCCUAGAGGUGAUCCAGAAUCCUCAACAUCUCCAGCUUUGGAUGAUGCCUUUUCCAUCAUGGAUUUAUUUUUAGGACGUUGGUUUCGAUCCCGGUAGCCUUGUUAACUUUGCUUAACCAUCAAUGGGUUUAGUUUCUCAUGCCUUGUCAAGGCUUUAAAUAUAUGAAACAGUGAAUUGGGAGGAUGUCAGUCACAUACUUAAACUAACCAAUAAAGUCUUUUAUUUGUGCUAAAAAAAAAAAAAAAAAAAAAAGAA